UUUGAUUCUCAUUCACAUCGCGAUCGUGUUUCUUGUAUUUGUUCAGUUUUCUGAGAUGAAUGCCCCAUCGCCGGCCAUGGAGGACCCUAGCCUAGCAUUCAUUCAACGUUGCGCAGCCUUUCCGCGUGGGAUAAACGUGUACCAUCAUGAAUUCCCUGUACUACAGUGGUGGCUAUGGUGGCCUCGAGGCAUACGCGCGACCGCACCCUUAAGCUAGGAGCAGAUUGAGCAGAGGUAUGCCCUCAACUUCAUCAUGACCUUCUUACCCUUGGCUAUUCUAUUACUGUUGCACAUCCCAUUUGUUUUCUCCUCACUGCCAAGCCUCAAUGGCACCUGUGUCACUACACUCGAUAUCAGCGACUCUUCAUCCUGCAGUAACACCAGAACCUUGUGGGACAUCAUCUGGAGUUGCGCUGCGACUCUAUUUUCAUGCACAUGGACUGCAAUUCACCCAAACGUCCCGGGUAUGGCCGAAGGGAAAUUCACUGUUUUAUCUCGUCGCCUAGGCAUCAUGAUGAUUGCGCUGAUCGCCCCAGAAGUCAUGAUUACCUGGGCCACAAUACAGUUUAUAAGUGCUCGUGGUGCUGCAAAGGCCUUCAAUGAUACCUUUGGUGCGCAACACAACCAGGCCCGCAGCGACCAUCCAGAUAUAGGAGACAGCACAGCGACGUUGCUUAGUGAAUUUCCAUCAUCAGAUAGAAGGAACAGUUCACAUCCGAGUGCUCCGCAGGUUGCAGGUUGCGAUUUUAGAGGAUGGACUGUAACACAUGGCUUUUUCGCAUGGAUGGGUGGAUUCAUGCUCUACUUCAAUGGCAAGCCGCGAGCCACUCUUAAACCCGACGAACUUUUAAGCUUUGUUCGUGAGGGAUCAGUGGAAAUGCCCGUCAUCAUGGAGGCAGACAUGGAAGAUCGAAGUAAAGGUGAUGCAUUAUCCAAAGGCAUCGCUAUUCUUCAGCUGGCGUGGUUCGUCCUCCAGCUUGUCGCCCGUUACGUUCAGAACCUUCCGAUGACCCUGCUUGAACUCGAUACCUUUGCUGUAGCUGCCCUGACCAGCAUUUCCUAUGGGUUUUGGUGGAAGAAGCCUAAGGAUGUGAGACGUACUCACGCUGUUUAUUGGAAAGCAACUGCCUCUCCGCCAAGCGAAUUAGCCUAUGGCAAAGUAGAUGCAAUAUUCUCCGCUGAAGGCUGGACGUAUCUUUUGUUCAGUUACAUUUAUCCCGUUCUCGAUCUUCUGGGCAGUGGCCCAUUCAAUUCUCCCCGUGCUGUCCAUUCACGUCGGGUUCCGUCUCUAGGUGGCUAUGAUAAGGUUGAUGUCUACUACCAUCAAAACAUGAUACUUCUCAUUGGAUGUUUUAGUGGGGCAGUGUUUGGAGCGAUACAUUGUCUGGGCUGGAAUGUUUUGUUUCAGGAGCACGCAGAGCAAAUACUAUGGCGUACGGCUUCCCUUGCGAUAGUAUCCGUACCUGUAUCUAUUCUUCUGUUUUGUAGCUACGCUAUUUCGCUGAACGGUUCAAAUGAUAUUAACGGGGCUAUCACAAUUUUAGCUUUAGUCGCCAGCUCUUUCAUAUAUAUUGUUGCACGCGUUACACUAAUUGUACUUAUAUUGACGAGCUUUCGAUCGCUACCUCCUGGCAUAUACGAUACAGUAGCCUGGACCAAUUUUAUUCCACAUUUGUAGUUUCCUUUUACUUACGUCGCAGUUAUGGUUAUGAACUUGCU